UCUUUCAGUCCACACUCCCGAGUCCCCAGGACCAGGAGAGAGCAAGAAAGAGCAAGGAAACGGAAACCCCAUUUCCCCCUCCCAAUCCAUACUCCAGAAGUCCAGAUCGAUCCCAAUGGCGUCGUCGACGCUUCGCUGCCUUCCAGGCGACAUCCCGCCGACGACGCUGCUCACCCUACCAAACGAGAUGCUCGAGGAAAUCCUCCUCUGCCUCUCCGACGCCGGCGACCUCGUCCGCGCCUCCAUGUCCCGAGUCUCCAUCCGCCGCCUCGUCACGAAUCACCGCUUCCUCCGCCGCUUCCGCACUCGCUACCCGCCGUCUCUACUGGGCAUCGUCUCUCCCCUUCCCCGGCCCCGCUGGGACCGGCCGCUGCUGCAACUGGCCCAGCCGCCGCACCCCUCCGCGGCCGCCGCGGCCGCUUUCUCCGGGCUUGACGACGCCGCCGCCGCCGACUUCUCAUGCGCCUUCCUCCCCAACCCCGCGCGCUGGCGUAGGCGCGACUUGCGGGACGGCCGCGCCCUCUUUUCCGGCGUCCCAGAGGGCACCAAUUUCGACUGCCACGUCUUUGUCAGGGACCUGGCUGUCUGUGACCCCCUGUCCCGGCGCUACAUCCUGCUACCUCCCAUCCCCGACGACCUAGCCGCCUUGGUGCAGCCACCCGACGUGCUGCGUUUCGAGCCCUUCCUUGCUCCUCCGGCGGCCGAGGAUGAGGACGGCAUGUCUUUCAAAGUUAUUUGCUUGGUGCAGUGCAAAACCAAGCUGGUCCUCCUCAUCUUCUCUUCAGGUUCAGGUGCUGAACAAUGGCGUGCUGUUACAUUUGACAAUUGGAUCAGUUUGCUCACAGGAUCAGGUAACCAGCCAGAGUCAUACCGGCGGUCAGUAAUACGCCACUAUGCACACGGCUACUUCUGUUGGGUGCUUUCUCCGGCAAGCAAGUUGCUCAUGCUCGACACACGCAGCAUGGGUUUCUCAGUUGUGGACCUCCCAGAUGGCACCGGUGAAAAUGAAGCACAGGUUGCCAUUUUGGAGGCAGCGAAUGGAAGGAUUAAGAUGUUUAUUAAUGAGCAUUUCACAACUGAACUCAGGUAUUAUGUGUUGCAAAAUGAUGGAGUUGGUGCAAACCAGUGGCUGUCAGAGGCAACGUUCAAUUUACCCGUAAAUAAUGGCGGCUAUAUAUUCAUGGGUGUAGCGGGGGGAUACUUACUCCUACAAGGGCUUGGAGAAGACGACCAAUAUCCAUUCCAUUUGGUUUCGUUGAAUCUGAAGACUUUACAGCUUGAGUUGUUCCUUGCAUCAAAGCGCAAUAACAAGGGUGCUCAUCUGUUUGCCGGUUUCCCACCAUCCUUGUCUUUACCAACUCUUCGACAUGAUAUCUGAUAUUGAUGCCGCUGGGAGAUGAAACCUUGACGUCUGGAGGUAUGGAGCAGCAACUUGGAGCAUUAUGUACUGGAUGGAAUCAUCAGGCUUUCCUUUUGAGACGGACGCAGGCUUGUUUGCGGUGCUGACUGUUGUGCGGCUCGGUGCUUAUUUUCAGAUAUGUCAUGGGUGAAUAGUUGUGAUAAUCUACCAAAUUAGAUUCACAAAUCAAAUAUUACUAGACAAUUUCUAUUUUUGGAACCUUUGUUUUUAUCAGAUAUGCAAUGUGACUAGAAGCAGGGUGAUAUAUACCAUCUUCUUUGUUUUUGUUUUUGUGUAAGUGGUACAAAUCGGAGAUAUACAAAUUGGUUCUACCA